AUGUCUCGUCCUCCUCUAAGCACACGGGCAUCACUUCGACAUUCGAAACGGGCUUUCGAGCCCAAAUCUCCAGUCGCUACCUUCACCGCCGAGACACGACCCUCAAAGAAGUGGGUUCAAUAUGAGCGCUUCGCAACAUGGACCGCCUUUCCGGACCACUAUCGUCCGUCUACGAACGAGUGCAAACUUGCACACGAUACCCUGGCAGCACUUCACGGUGACCGCGAUCCGGCCGCUGCGAAUGCGAUGAAUGCUGACGGGUUUGAUCCACCCAGCACUUUCUCGGACCCUCUAGACGGCCUCGUGUAUGCUGUCCUUUGCCAGGCUACGAAUGAGCGGAACGCCAUUCGACAGGUUCUUGGACAAAUUAUCAAGCCAUUGUCCACGGUGGCGAGACCAAACUUCGGAAUGUGCUUCCCUGUGAAGACAGAGCACGAUCUGUAUAGCUUGAACCAUCUUGGGUCGCUUGAGGAUGAGGAGGGCAUGAAGGUCUUGCUCAGUUACAAUGGAGUUGGACCGAAGACAGCCAGUUGCGUGCUAGCAAUGACCUUGCAGCGGCAAAAAUUCGUGGUUGAUACACACAUCUAUCGCAUUACCGGCCGUCUUGGGUGGAGGCCAAUGCAGGCCACGGCAGAAGAGGCCCGCGCACAUCUGGAAACAAGAAUUCCUGACGAGCAUAAAUACGCCCUUCAUCUCCUGUUUAUCACGCAUGGUCGAGAGUGUCCGCACUGCAAGGCUGGGAAGACGAAAAAUGACCACUGUCCUUUUCAAAAGAAAAUGCGUGAUCUCAGAGACCAGUAA